AGCUGAGUGCCGUGGAGACGGUUUGAAGGUCUGACAGGUCGGAUGAGAGUAGACAUCUGCUGGACUCUGUGCCACACCUUGACUGCACUGGAAAAAACUGCAAUAAAAAAGGACUUUUUCUAUUCCAGAAGAGGAAUUUUGUGUGUAUUCUUAAAAGCUACAGAAUGCAAAAAGGAUCCGUUCUUCAGUGCCUUCUUGAAUUCUGCAAGAACCUGACACUUUAGUCGUCUUCUUGCAUGGAACAUUGCCACUGUUUCCCAGGGGAACACAUUCCUUCAGCAAUCUCCACUCCGCUGGGUCGGUCAGCGAAGGACACCCUGUUGCAACCGUGUGAAACAGUUUGUCAUUGUUCAGCCCUUUUUUGUUUUGUUUUCACCCCCUGAUGAGCGCUGACUCAGCCCAAAUGUCGGAGGGAAUCACGUUGGCAUCGCAAGCGGCCACGAUUUAGCAGCGAGCAUAGUUCAGAUAGAAGUCAUACUGUGAUUGUGCCAAGCGAUCUGGAAUAAUGCUGCGUACGCUGUGCUGUGCUUGUCCUCCCCAAUGACAGCAGUGACGGCAUGGAUCUCGAUGCAAGCCGACUGACCGGGCCGAGUGCGUGGGUUGCUUGCUGACUGGAGCUGUUGCUAUUUGAGGUCUUUGAGAACUCGCGGUCCCAGCGAUGGGAGAGACGGCAGAGUACCAGAGGCUGCAGGAGACGGCAGAGUCAGACUACCAGAGCUUGCCCAGUGAGGAUGAAGAGAGACUGGGCAGUGGCAUGCAGUGUGAGGAAGGAACAGAAUGGCUGCUGGAGCUGCUGACGGAGGUGCAGCUGCAGCAGUACUUCAAGAGGAUCCGAGACGACCUCAACGUCACGCGGCUCUCGCACUUCGACUACGUCAAGAAUGAGGACUUGGAGAAAAUUGGCCUGGGUCGACCCGGCCAGAGACGUCUUUGGGAGGCCGUGAAGAGGAGGAAGGCCAAGCGGAAAACCUGGAUGAGCAAGGUGUUCAGCGGGAAGCGGAUAGAGGGAGAAUUCCCCCAGCAGGGACAGCUGGCCUUUACGUUCCGCAAACUGUCCCUCACGCCUCCCCUCUGUCUGGGCGACGGCGUCCUGGACACUCAGCUAUACGGCGGCGGCCCACUGGACGGCCAGCAGCAGGCCCUGACCUGCCUCAUCCCAGAGAAGGACCUGACUCUGUUCGAGAAACUCGGCGAUGGCUCGUUUGGCGUCGUGAAAAGAGGGGAGUGGCUGACGCCUGGAGGGAACGUGGUGAACGUGGCAGUAAAGUGCCUGAAGACGGAUGUCCUCAGUCAGCCAGACGCUCUGGAGGAUUUCAUCUGCGAGGUCAACGCCAUGCACUCCCUGGACCAUCAGAACCUCAUCCGGCUGUACGGCGUGGUGCUCACACACCCCAUGAAGAUGGUGACUGAGCUGGCUCCUCUGGGUUCUCUGCUGGAUCGUCUGCGAUGCCUUCAUCCUCAGGGCCCGGUGCUGAUCCACACUCUGUGUCAGUACGCCGUUCAGGUAGCGAGCGGCAUGGCUUACCUGGAGCAGAGACGGUUCAUCCACAGGGACCUGGCAGCGAGGAAUAUCCUGCUCUCCUCAGCUAACAGAGUGAAGAUCGGGGACUUUGGCCUGAUGAGGGCACUGCCUAACAACGAUGAGCACUAUGUGAUGCAGGAGCAUCGCAAGGUUCCCUUUGCGUGGUGUGCUCCAGAGAGCUUGAAGACGAGAACGUUCUCCCACGCUACGGACACCUGGAUGUUCGGCGUCACUCUCUGGGAGAUGUUCACGCACGGCCAGGAGCCGUGGCUGGGCCUGAACGGCAGCCAGAUUCUCCACAAGAUCGAUAAAGAAGGCGAAAGGCUUCCAAAGCCGGAGGACUGUCCCCAGGACAUCUAUAACGUCAUGCUGCAGUGUUGGGCUCAGAAACCAGGGGAUAGACCCACUUUUGUUGCCCUGAGGGAGUUCCUGCUGGAGACCAUGCCUACCGACAUGUGCGCUCUGCAGGACUUCGAUGAGCUCGACAAACUUCACAUCAAAGUCAACGAUGUCAUCACCAUCAUCGAGGGGAGGGCGGAGAAUUACUGGUGGCGAGGGCAAAACAAGCGCACCCUGAAGGUGGGGCAGUUCCCCAGAAACGUGGUGACGUCCGUCGCGGGGCUGUCGGCGCACGACAUCAGCAGGCCUCUGGAGAACAGCUUCAUCCACACGGGUCACGGAGACACCAACCCGCAUCGCUGCUGGGGCUUCCCGGACAGGAUUGACGACCUGUACCUGGGGAAUCCCAUGGAUCCUCCUGAUGUUCUGGGAGUGGACCUCAGCGCCACUCGGCCCACACAGCUGCCAGGGCGAAUCAAAAAGGAGCCUCCCCGCCGGCCUCCUCAGCCAGCCGUGUUAAUCAAGAGUAAGUCUGGUUUCUCUCAGCAGCUUCUUAGCCACUGUUCCUGUCUUCUCUGUUCCCUCUUUGCUCCACUCUUCAAAGAACCGUGCUACGAUCCGGUAACUGAAGACGAGGAUUCCACCUCUGCAGCGCUCCGGAGAUUAUCUCUCAGGAAAACCGGUUCGCUCAAAGGUCUGAAGCUUAAACCCGCUGCGUGGGUCUCUGCUAACAAGCAGAGUGGCCGGACCUCAAGUUCAGCCCACACCCCGAGCAGCGACGUGUCCCUCAUUGACUUCGGGGAGGAUUUCUCACUCACACGCUCUCCUUCCACUGUGGUCGAAAACCAAACUCUGGUGCUGGCGAAGCUAGCGCUGCAAGUGGGCAACAUCCUGGACAAGACUCCGCCUCAAAGUCCGUCCAAGUGGCUGCAGCGGCCCCUGCACCCCACGCCGGUGGUAGACUGGGACGCCCGGCCGUUACCGCCGCCGCCGGCCUACGACGACGUAGCCCAAGAUGAAGACGACAUGGAGGUGAGCUCCAUCACCAGCUCGGAGCAGCAGCUCGAACACGAUCAGACUGCUGUCCACGGCGUAGACGGAGCUCUCUCCUCAGGACAGGUGACUGAAAGCGACGGCGUCGUCUCGAAAGAUCCAGAAAGACCGGUUUUGGAGGACAACCUUUUCCUUCCCAGCAAGCACAGCCACGCUGCCUCCCCGUCCUUCUCCCAAUCCGCAGAGAUUUUCCAGGAACUCCAGCAGGAGUGCAUGAGGAAGCUCAAUGUCCCGACAGGCGGGGUUGGUCAGUGGACCCAAAUCUCAGCCCUCUGUCCUACUCAGAACGCCCAGGAGGAUCAACAGCAUCUCUUCAUCAAUGAGGACAAACCUCAGAUCCCCCCACGUGUUCCAAUACCCCCUCGACCGAUAAAAUGGGGAGACUACACGUCCGCUCGCUGGUCAAGGGACCUUUCUGUUUCCCCGAUGCCGUCGGACCCCACAUACAGCAUUUCGGGCACAAGCCUGGAACGACCGCCUCAGAUCCCGCCCAGAGACCCUCUGUCCCAGCCCAACUCCCGGACGCCAAGCCCCAAUUGUGCAGUGGUGGGCUCUCUGCAGCAGAGGAUCUGCUCCGUUAGCCCCUCCACCCACCAGGCCUCACACUCCUAUAGCUCCCACCUCUCCACCUCGCCUGGCAAACCUAUGCCGACCACACACAGCUUUGCCUCGGACCCCAAAUACGCCGCACCCAAAGUGAUCCAAGCCCAGGGUAGGGACAACGCCAACAGAGGUCCCUGCAUCCUGCCCAUCGUCCGAGACGGGCAGAAAGUCAGCAACACGCACUAUUACCUCCUGCCAGAGAGGCCGCCGUACCUCGACCGUUUUGAACGCUUCUUCAGAGAGGCUGAGAACCUCCCGGGCGGCAGCGGUGCCGAGGACAGGCACGCGCGGCACGCCAACACGGCCACCGUGAGACCCAUGGUCGUCACCGCCCAGACAGUUCAGGGACUCGUCCAGCCGGGAGAGCUGAAGGCUAACUUCUCCUUCAAUAACAACUUUGGCAUGAGCGCACAGCGGUCAGGGAUGAAGACAUCAGUUAGUCUCCCUCGCGUGUGUUCAGACGGGCUGACGGGUCCAACAGUGAAUUCUUCCUGCGGCCGGACAGAAGACGGAGGGAACUCUCUGGACAGAGUCCAAAUGGUGCAGGAGGCUGUUCACGGCGUGACGAUAGCAGAGUGUCAAGCCGCCCUCCAGAACAACAGCUGGGAUGUCCAGAAGGCUGUGCAUUACCUAAAGGUGGAGCAGUUGUUCUGUUUGGGUCUGAGGAACAGGUCUGAGUGUGCAAAGCUGCUGGAGAUGUGUGACUGGAACCUGGAGGAGGCCAGCACUCAGAUAUUAGAAGAUUAUGGAUCCAUAACAAGACAAAGAUGAUGACCGAAGGUGGUGAGCUUCGACUGGACUCUCCUCUUCAGCCGAUCGCCGUCGACUUCAGUCGAGAACGGAAGACGAGAAGCACAAACUGGUGAACUUCGACAUCGACCCAUCGGUCAUAAUCACAGACACCGGAGCGGAAAACAAAAGUAUCCGAGUCACCGUUUGACUUUCACGUUGGACGGUUUAUGUAAUUGUUGCACUCGGUUACAAAGACCUUGAAUCUGACCGUCUGGCAGGCCAGGGAGGAAGGAACGGUCCCAGAUAGAAAGACGGCACUCUGAGCUAAAACGGUUUACAGAAAGAAAACAAAAAACAAAACGGCAACAACAACAACAAAAGUUGGAAUAAUGUUCUCAGAACGCAGAGUCAGCACAAUACCCCAAACCGCAUGCAUACGUUUCGUUAAAGGUGAAGCUCAUCUGCUGGCAGCUGGAUCACCACUUAGUUCUAGAGAGAAGAAGAAAGCACAAUGAAGUGUUUAAGUGGCUGGUGGGGAACUAUUGUGGAGGAAAUAUUUCUGUUUUAAACGAGAUGUUUGUUGAGAGUUAUGCUGCUGGAAGCUUGAGGGGGUGAGGCGGAGGGAGGGAGGGAACAUGGCUACAAAUAAUUUAAGAAAAAACUUUGACUUUAUAGUUUGAAGAAGGAAGUGAGUCGCAAUGCGGUGCUUCGCUCUCUGCUUAUGGAAACAAACAAAACCUCCUGGAAAAUAAUGAAUAGAUGUCGGGGAGGAAGAGCAAAAUCCAAACGAGCACGAAGACGAUGAUAUUUAAAAGGUAUGAAUACGCUUUACGGGGAGGAACACACGCUAUUCACAACGUAAUUUUUUUUUUUUAAAAGAAAGAUUGUAUAUAAUAUAUUUUAUUUUGCAUCUUCCCUUAAAAAAAAAAAAAAAGGAUUGCGUAUAAUACAACACGGUGUGUGAAAGCCACACACUGUGUGGAAUAUUACCGAGCUCCAGGUACAACCGGCCCUCGUUUCCUCCCCGUAAGCGCUUCGCCCAGAGAGGACUCCCAUACAUCAGCCGAAAACCUCAGCCUGUGCAGUUUUCCUGACCGUGUUGGCAGCUAAUAACGGCGGAGAGAGUGAAACUUUUUGCUCCGUAAUCAUCACUUCCUGGUGGCCCUGCGACGCUUUCAGUCAGCAGCUCUACGGGGCCGAUGGUUUCCAACUGGCGGGACGAAGUCGGACUCACUGUGGGGGAAAACAUUUUUUUUUUCACUCUGUAUUGUCAUUGAAAAAGGAGUAUUACAGAUGCACUGAAUAAGUCGAAAUGUUGAAAUUUAAAUGGAUGUUUUAGGACUUUUGAGUUGCGGUUCUUUUAAAAGGUUCCUUUAUUUAGCCUUAGUUUUGGGAUCUUUUUGCAAACAUGACGAGGGUUUAAGGGUUCAUAAAACCGGCCCGUCCCAGAUCUGCUGUGAGCUUCAGCCUCCUAGAUUUAUGCUACAUGGAGAGUUAUUUACAGCUCAAUCACCACUUUUAACCUUUUAAGCUGCAGUGUGAAACUUUUUAUAAAAAAAUGUUUUAACAUAUUUGUUAAAACUGUCUCUGUUGUGACAGCGUGAUAUGAGACGAAUGAUCUGUGGAAGAAUUGAGCUACUGCAGUGGUGUGAAGAAAUGCACAGAUCAGAACAACCAAUCAGAGCCAAGGGGAGGGUCUUAGCACUGUGUAUUGUGCUUGUGUAUUUGCUUCUUAAUGUGCUAAUGGCGGAGAAACAACUUGCCAUCCCAGGAAGACACAGCCACCUUCAUCUGUGGCUAUGCUAACUAGCCUGAGCAUUCACAACAUUCUCUAUCAGGAAGAAGCUGUAGCUUAGCAGAUAGAAGGGGGUGUGGGUGGGAGUGGAAAGCAGGACGAAUGGCGCGUACACAUUCCUGAUUGACAGUGCUAAGACCCACAACCUGGCUAUGAUUGGUUGUUUCCAGUUGGCACUGGGAGACGGGGGAGGAACUCAUUUUAUUUAUUUUUCUUCUCAAAUUAUCGAUCUCAUAUCAUACUAUCACAACAAAGUGAUAGUUUUAAUAAAUAUACUUUUUUAAAAAUAAAAGUUACACCCAGCAGCUUUAUUUAGGCUGAACUGUUCCUUCAGAAUAUUUAUGGAAACCACCUUCAGUAGUUUAGAGUGUUUAUUUCUUUCUUUUUUUUUUUUUACAGUCGUCAGCAAUGGUUUCCCUACAUGUUGUCACAAUAAGUUUAUAGAAAACUGCUUAAAUCCUCUUUAAGGCUAACGGCUUGGAGAGGCUAAGUUACAUAAUGUAGCUUUAGCAGCACAGGUUUUGUUUGACUGUAGAACAGGGGCGGUCUCGCCAGCUCCAGCACCGGGGAUGUCUCCUGUUAUAAACCUUUUCUCCAAUCUGAACCUCAUUUAAAAAAAAACCCUAAACUAUCCUUUUAAACGACCUAGAAGAAGCAGCAUGGAAACGGAUCGCACGGUUUGCGUUCAACCCACUCACCUGUAUGACCAUUGGGAAGAUGGCCGACGCUCGGGUCUGUUUGACGUCUCCGAUAAGCUAACCCACAGGAACAUCCGACCGUCUUCACGUCUGUGCGGACUGGUUCUGAUGAACCGACUGUUUCCAGUGUUACAGGAUGAUACUGCAGAGAACAUCAGUGCUGUGCUGAUCCUCUGGUUUGGACUUUCUCUCUCUCUUAGGUAACAUGUUACCUGUUCAUGUGCUGUUUGUCGAGCUGCUGUAGUUUUUGUUUUUUAGGACUGAAGUGAACCUUGGGAUCUUUUUCCUCCCCCCCUCCAAUUUAUAUGUUUAUCUCUAGAUUUUUUUUGUUGUUUCUUCCGUCAGAUUUGUGUCUGUAGAACCUUAUUUUUAUUUAGUCUUUUCUCUUCAUUCUGCUGUUUGUCUCCUCUUUGGACUCUGUGUUGAUCUGACAGACUCCCGUAAAGUUGCUCUCUAUUGUUUCUCUUUUUGCCGUUGAUGGAAACAAAGUUUAUGCUGCCAAAUUUGCAGAUGUAUUUUUUAUUAAAGAAAGGAGUAAUUUUUU